GGAUCCCUGGCUUUUAGUAGCCGGUGUCUUCGUUCGGAGAGGAGUCUGGCCCUAUCCUCAAAACUGGCACCUAGGACGAAAGCUUCGUCGGCACGGAGCGGCCCAAUCUCUCCUGAAGUCUCAUUCCGUACAGCAACAUGGCUGCGUCCAUGGACUAGGGAAGCGAGGGUUUUCUUUGACUCUGUAAGGAUGUCUGUCAGGACCUGGUUUAGAUGAGUGCUGUUUCCAAUGCGAGAGUCUGGGAGGUAGCGUGUCCCUUUCUGACUGUAGAAGAUGCUGUUGAAUGUGGCGGAGCUCUACUGAUCCUUUGGUAGAUCAGGAAGAGUUGGAAGGAUAAGUAGCGGCAGGGUGCACCAAGUGCUGUGGAUUCUCCUCUCCCAGAGAGGAACUACAAGCAGGCAUUUCCAGUUCCCAGACAGGGGUGGGAAGGCCUAGGGCGAAUGCUCAGAUUUCUGAAUCUCGGAGCUGUUGUGCCUCUAGCUAGAAUUGCAGUUUUGUCCCUAGCAGCCCUUUUGACUUUCAAUCUUUCCUAGCCAUCACUGUGUCUCCUCAGCUCAAGUCACGGUGGACUGGGAAACCAAAAUCACAGGCAUCACCUGAAUCCUCUCACGAGUGUGAGCAGAUGUGUUACCAGCUGUUAUGUUUCAGACACUAUCAGCAGCAGUUCAUGCGGAUUAUCUCAUUUAGUUCUCCAAACUAAUGACAGUAGGACAUAAAAAAGACUUUGGUUGGGCAUUAUAGCGAACGCCUUUAAUUCCCGCACUCGGGAGGCAGAGGCGGGGGAAUCUCUGAUUUCCAGGCCAGCCUGGUUUAUAUAGCGAGUUCCGGGACAGCCAGAGCAACAUAGUAGGACACUAUCUCAAAAGAACCCAGCCAAAGACAAAGAUAACUUUUGAAGCUCAGUGAAAUCAAGUAACUUAACCUGGAGUGGUUCAAGACGGAGGCAGAGACGGGCAGAUCCCUGUGCGUCUCUUGAAAAUAAGGCCAGCCUGUUCUACAUGCCAUCACUGGCUAUCAAAUCCAGCAGCCCCACACUGAACUUCGUUCCCAGACCUAGUUCUGGGUUUUUUUAGGAGAAUGUCUGUGGUGCACCAUUUGCCACCUGGGUGGCUACUGGAUCAUCUUUCUUUCAUUAACAAGGUCAACUAUCAAAUUCAGCAGCAUCGAGAGCCUUCCUGCAAUAGAAACAAGCCCACUUCUUCUGUUGACCUGGAUUCUCUUCAGAUGGAUGCCACAUCUCCUUCUGGAGCUCCUACUACGUGCUCUGCUCCUGACUCUACUGCUGUGCCAGCCAAUGAAAUCAUCACUCAAAAGUAUGCUUUCCGACCUGAGCUAUUUAAUGUCACCAAACCUUACAUAAUUCACAAAGAAUGCCAGCAAAGUGGCCAGAAUGAGGAUUUAGUGACUGGUGCUAAGCAAGAUGUCUCCAUUUCUGUUGGGAAGAAGCGUAAAAGAAGUCUGGCUUUCAAUCAAGGUGAAUUGGAUGCUAUGGAACAUCAUACAAAGAUCAGAGAGCUGAUUUUGGGUGGAUCCUCACAGUUAAUCCAAGAAGGUCUCAAAAGUGGUGUUCUCUGCCCUGUUGUUGACACCCAGCAUGGAAAUAGUGGCCGCGUCCCGUUACCACUCGAUGCUUGCAACUUGUCAGAAUUAUGUGAAAUGGCAAAGCACUUGCCUUCCCUCGAAGACACGCAGACGCUCCCAUUGGCAGAAGAUGAUAUGUCUGUUAUAGAGCUGGAUUUAUCGUCACGGGUCAUUGAAAACAACUCUAGCUUUUCCAGAAUGGUUAAUUUAAUGGGACAGAAGUACCUGCUACCACCGAACAGCAGCUUUCUCUUGUCUGACAUUUCUUGUAUGCAGCCACUUCUGAACUGUAGUAAGACGUUUGAUGUAAUUGUGAUCGAUCCACCGUGGCAGAACAAAUCGGUUAAAAGAAGUAACAGGUACAGUUGUUUAUCACCGCAGCAGAUAAAGCACAUGCCUGUUCCUAAGCUGGCUGCUGCUGACUGUCUUGUUGUUACUUGGGUGACCAACAGGCAGAAGCACCUGUGUUUUGUGAAGGAGGAACUUUAUCCUUCAUGGUCUGUGGAAGUCAUUGCGGAAUGGUACUGGGUAAAAAUCACCCGUUCAGGGGAGUUCGUGUUCCCAUUGGAUUCUCCACACAAAAAACCUUAUGAAUGUCUUGUACUGGGGAGAUUUCGAGAAAAAACUGCUUUAGUGUUAAGGAGCCCGGAUGUGAAAGUGCCCCCGGUUCCAGAUCGGAAACUGAUUGUCAGUGUGCCCUGCCUUCUCCACUCACACAAGCCGCCCCUUGCUGAAGUACUGAAAGACUACAUCAAGCCAGGCGGGCAGUGUUUGGAACUGUUUGCUCGGAAUUUACAGCCAGGUUGGAUGAGUUGGGGCAACGAAGUCCUCAAGUUUCAGCACGUGGAUUAUUUCAUUGCUCUGGAGUCUGGACACUGACUUUAAAAUUGUGCUGCCUUUACCCAGCUCCUUCAGACUCAUGUCUCCUUGGACCAGCCAGUGCACA